GAUUAUAUUGUUUAAAAAAAUGUUUGCUCUAAAAGUAAUGGAAGACAAGCCAAUUAAAGACAAGAUCAAGACAACUCUUUGGUCUCUUUGCGUUCUCGUGCCUCUGAUGGGCGUCUCUUGGAUUCUCGGCAUCUUCUACGUCAACGAGUCGGCCUCAUUCAUGCAGUAUGUGUUCGCAGUCUGCAACGGGCUGCAGGGCGUUUAUAUCUUCGUAUGCAACUGCGUGUUAAAUGAAAAGGUAAACGUCUUAUGAUGUUUAAAAUUAAAUCUUCC